GCGGCGGGCCGCUGCGUGGGGCCCAGCCGGCCGGGGCGCGGGCGCGGGAGGCCGUGGGGGAAGAGGGGCGCCGCGGGGGCGCCGCGCGGCCGGGGAGCGGGGCGCCGGGCGACGACCUCGGCGUGGGACACGCGCUGCGUGAGCGCAGAGAGGCUGCGAGACUGUCGGCGGCCCCGGGGGAGGAGAGCGGAGGCCGACGCGGCCGGGGCGGCGGGGGCGAACGGGCCGGAGGCCUCGGGGACCCCCGGCGCCGCAGGCUCGGCGGAGGCCGCGGGGGACCCGGGGGCCGUGUGGGUGGACGGCGCGGUGGGGGAGCCCCAGGUGGUGGGGCCUGUCGGGUCGGUGUGGGUGACGGGCACCGGCGGGGAGGAGGACGGGGCGCCUUACCGGAGCCCCCGGGGCUGUGAGCGGAAAGGCCGCCCGGGAUCCAUGGGGCACGAGAGCAUCCUGGAGCUGUGGCUGAAGGUGCAGGCUAUGCGGGCGGCGGCGGGGUGCGGGGAGGGAAGCAGAGUGGAGCUCCACCCGGUGCCCGCGGGAGAGGGUCCGGUUGACAGGGGCGUCCCCGGCAGGGCCUCCUGGGUGGAGACGAGCCGGGGUGGUCUCACGGGGCCCUGGGUGAAGGGACAGGCUCGGGCAAUGCCCCGGGCCUCGGGAGUGUCCACAGGCGUCCGGCCCGGGGCGGGUUGUGAGAGGGUCCCAGGCCUGUGCGGGCGGGGACAGGCGGCUGGCCUGCUGCCUGGGGGUGUGCCUGGGAUGGUGCCCUACCUGCUGGGGAGAGGACAGGCCGCGGGGUGGCCCGCGCCUGUGGACAGGGAGAGGGGCUGGGGGAGUGCCCCUGGUCCGUGGGGCAGAGGGCAGUCCCUGCAGGUGCCGGGGGCUCCCGGCCCAGAGACCGUCUGUGGGGACACCCCGGGCUCAUGGAGAGGGGGGCAGGCUUCCAGGGUGCUGCCUGAUGCUGUGGGGGCGCCCGGCAGGGUGGAGGAGGAAGCCAGCUGUGCAGGUGCCCUGGGCGCGUGGCAGAACGGACAGGCUGUGGAGGGGAUGGGGUCUGGGGGUGCUCCUGGCACGUGGGGCACUGGACAGCCCGUGGGGGUGCCUUGCGCUGUUGAAGAGGAAGCUAGAUGUGGGGGUGACCCAGGAUUCAGGGAACGGGGGCAGGCUGUGUGGGUAGAGACCGGCUCUGGAGGGGACCCGGGUUCCUGGGCAGCCGCACACGCCGCAGAGGCAUGCCGUCCUGCCGAGCUGCGGGUGGGCCCUGGAGGCGCUCCAGGCCUGUGGAGUGUGGAGCAUGGCCUGGGGGUGCCCGCGGCCCUGGGGAGGGAGACGGGCUGCGGGAGCAUCCCUGGUGUGUGGGGGACCCAGCAGCCGGUGGGGGCAGCGGUGGCGGGACCAGGGGCCCUGGGAGGACAGGCGGGUUACGGGGCUGCCCCAGGCCUGUGGGACGGGCAGCGGGCCCUGGGGGCGCCGGGGGUGGUUGCGGGGGACACAGGCUGUGGGGGUGUUGUGAGCCUGUGGGACGGGAGGCAGGCUCUGGGGGAGCAGGAGACCCUGCCGCCCGCAGCGUUGGGGGCCCCCGGGCCUGCGGGUCAAGAGGCCGGCCCCAGGGACGCGUCUUGUCUGUGCAGAAGGAGACAGGCAGAGGGGCUGCCUGGGGCCGCAGUCCUGCCCAGGCACAGGUGCGGCCCGGGGGGGUUCGCGAGGGCGCCUGCGGCCGUGCCCGCCGCCAUGUGGGUGUCCGGCUCCACGUGCCAGGACGGUGGCUCUCGAGGUGGCUUGAGCCUGUGCGACGGCGUCUCUGCUGCCCUGUUACCCGUGGCUCCCGAGGGGCCGUGGUCUGCGGGGGAGACUGCGGCUUCUGCAGCUUUCCCAGGCCCGUGGGAGAGGGGGCAGGCCAUCGGGGGUCCUGAAGCGCCCGGGCUCGCGGGGCAGGAGACGGGCUCUGGGGGUGUGCCGAGACCCUGGGGACAGAGACCGAGUGCAGGGGCGUCUGCCGCUGCCCCGGUGCCCGUGGCUCCCAGGACGCCCCGGCCGGUCCGGGAGGAGUCCACCCCCGGGGGUGUCGCAGGCCUGUGGGGGGAGAGGGACACGGUGCAAGCACCCAUAGACGCCAGGGGUCCCUCACGGAUGGGGCUGCCCCCCAGCGGCGGGAUGCCUGGGCCCACGGGGGAGAGGCUGGGCCCGGGGGGCCCCUCCGGCUCGCUGGGAGGGGGACAGGCUGCUGAGAUGCCUGGGGCCGAGGGGGUGCCCACGGCGGCGGGGGCCCCCGGGCCGAUGAUGGCCAACGCCAGCUGUGGGGAUGUCUCGGGCGUGUGGGGACAGAGACCGGUGACGGAGGGACCUGCGGAUGGCCCGUGGAGGAGAAGGGCCAGCGGGCCGGUCCCUGAGGCUGCAGGGGUGCCCCUGCCUUUGGGGGUGCUUGCGGCUGUGGGGGUGCCCGCAGCGGGGCGCGUACCUGCCGUGGUGUGGGUGACUGGGUGUGCCGGGGAAGAAGCCGCCGAGGCUGCCGCCGGCCUCCCAGCGUCCAGGACGCCGUCUGCGGAGGGAGCUGGGGCUUCGUGGGGGGAGGCGGGAGGCAGACAGGCAGUGGGGGCGCCUCUUGCCCACGGGUGUGGGACCCGGUCCUGGAGCUGCCCGCGGCCCCCAGGGGAAGAGAGCCGCUGUGAGAACGUGCCUGCGGCCUCAGGGACAAGAGGCCCUGUGCCCCCGGUUGCAGGGCAGGAGACGGGCAUCGGCCAUCUCAGAGGUCACCCGCAGCAGAUGGGGGGGGCACAGGCCGGAGGAGCGUCUGCAGUGAGGGUCCGGGGGAGCCCUUUGGGGGAGGACAGGUUGAGGGGGGCCUUCUCAUAGCACAUGUAGGGAACGGGGUGGGGGGUGUCCUGGGCUCUUUGGGAGGGGACAGGCUGGGGGGAGGUUGGUCCUGGGUUGUAGACGGAGGCGCAGGCCGUAGGGGUGUCUUGGGGAUCUGGGACAGAUGCUUUGUGGAGGCUUCCUGGGUCUGUCGGGUGACAAGUUAGGAGGUGUCCUGGAGCAGUGGGGAAGGGACAGGU